GUGGGCACAGGUGGGUGGCACUGCUGGGCACAGGUAGGUGCACUUCUGGGGCACAGGUGUGUGACAUUGCAGAGUGGCACAGGUGGGUGCAUUGCUGGGCACAGGUGGGUGGAGCUAGUGGGCACACUGCUGGGCACCGAUCAUCAGGGCACUGAUCAUCAGUGCCCUGAUGAUUGCGUGAGGAAAGUGCAGCCGAGAACCGGCACUUGCAUUUCCCUCUGAUCAGCGUGUCAUUGGACACCGCUGAUCAGGUGGUAAAAGGCCGCUGUCCACUCAGAACUGGCAGGCCGCAGUGCAGCCGUCAUUCGGCUAUCUGC